GUCUUUUAUCUUGAAGAAAGCACCGCCACUAGGUUUUAUCAGCAGCAUUAGACAAAGCACUUGUCAUUAAGUAAAAUGAUUGACGAAAUAACCAUAUGGGAGUGCAAUCAAAUCAAUACAGGAACACAUUGAAAACCAAGUUAGAGGGGAAGCAGUAUCAGGCUGUUCUCUUAUGCUUUCUUUGAGUGUGCAUAGAUUGCAAUGGCAGAUGAGGAUGUCGUAGGGGACCGUGAACCACUGCUUACACAGGAGGGUUUGAGGAGUAGAUUUAGCUUGGUAUUCCUCAAGUUCAUUGGUGUCUUCUUAUUGGCCAGUGCAGUUUUCUACCUCCUCAUCGACAACUUAGAUGCAGACUCCCUGUCAUCGGAGGAACAAGAUGCAUUAAGUAUCAGGCCUUUGAUGAAGGAAUCAAGUGUUCAAGAACACCUGUUAGAUAAAGUAUGUGAUCUUUCCAUUGGAGAGUGGGUACCAAAUUCCGCAGGACCUGCAUACACAAAUAAAACAUGCAAUCGAAUACCACAACAUAAUAACUGCCUGAAGAAUGGGAGACCUGAUAGAGAUUACCUUUACUGGAGAUGGAAACCAAGAUUCUGUGACCUACCUCCCUUUGAUCCGGUGACAUUUAUGCAUGCAAUGGGCAAUAAAUCAUGGGCAUUCAUUGGCGAUUCCAUUUACCAAAACCAUGUGCACUCCUUACUCUGCCAACUCUCUCAGGUAGAAGCACCUCAUGUUAUCUAUCAAGACCCAUCCUUCAACAUAAUAUGGCACUUUCCAUCUUACAACAUCAAAAUCUAUGAGAUUUGGUCUCCCCUUCUGAUACAAUAUGAGACUAUCCAUAACGAUGUGGAUUUUUCAAGAAUCAUGAUACGCCUUCAUCUGGACAUCCUGGAUAGCAGCUGGACCAGAUUUUAUAACCUGUAUGACUAUGUGGUGAUUAGUGGCAGCAGGUGGUUUGACAAGCCAAGCAUUAUAUAUGAGAAAAACAAAGCCAUUGGCUGCCAUUACUGUCAUGAUUUGAAACUCAAAGAAUAUGGGGCUGCUAAGGCUUAUGCAAAGGCACUUCAAUUGAGUCUCAACUUCAUUGCUACAUCUGAGCACAAGCCGUUUGUUAUUGUUAGGACAUGGUCACCAAUGCACUAUGAAGAUGGAGAGUUGCCUAAUGAAAGAGUAUGCAAUAGGACUUGGCCAUUUAGAGAAGGGGAAAUAAGUGGUGCUCCUGCAGACCUUAAAAAGAGGGAAGUCGAGGUUGAGGAGUAUGAGAAGGCUGCACCCAUUGGAGCAAGGAAUGGGGUGAGAAUCGAGCUUUUUGAUUUUUACCAUCUUUUCCUCUUGCGACCUGAUGGGCAUCCAGGUCCGUACGGUACUUACCAUCCAUUUGAUGGUGAUAAUAAGAAGAAUGUUGAAAAUGACUGCAAUCAUUGGUGCUUGCCAGGUCCUAUUGACACUGUGAAUGACAUGCUAAUGAAGAUGGUCAUGAAUGGAGAUGCUCAUGACCCCGAUUCUGCUAUCCUCUAGAAUGCUGGACCUUUCCAAUUAUUAUAUUUUCAGUUUCUAGAUAAGUGGUGUUUAUGUUCAAGAUUCUACUUCCGUUCACUUUCAGUCUUUAUACUCAUUUUUGUCCUCGUAUAUUUGAAGGACAACUCCAACAAUUUAUAAUGCUCCAUAUUUGUUUUUUA